AUGAUGAACAUGUGGAACAGAGGAAAAUCGCAUCGUGACAGCAACCGUGGACCAAGUACGGAAAACUCGAACAAUCGGACUCACACUCUCAAGGCGAACGUCCCUGAAGAAACUCAUUCCACGUUCGAUGAGGGUCCCAAUGAUCUUCUUGACUCGCAUAGUAGCAGACCACGAAAUACACGACAGGUGCAUGCUUCGCAGUCUGGCGGACAAUCAGCUUCCGUCUUUGCAAAUACGGGCUCCUUGCCUUUACAACCUGGAGUCUCGCCCUCUGAUCUCGAAACGAGGUUGAAAGAAGCUGAGCAAAGCCUGAAGAAAGAGAAACAGUCUCGUCUCGAGGAGAACGCAUCGCAUGAAAGAGUCACAAAUAACCUCCAGGCAAAGUUGGAUGUUACGGAACGAAACCUGGAAACUGAAAGAAACGAGCACCAACAUACCAAAUCGCGUCUCACGGAGAAAGAGAAUGCCGCAAACCACCAGCGCCAGCUCAUGUUGGACGCAGUAGGUGAAUUGAACCGCUUUUUGCGCGGGAACCAAGUACACAACCAGUCUACUGACCAUGAGCUUAUUCAAAAAGCCAUGAAGCUACGCAUCGCUAUCAGGGACUUUGCUAUACUCUAUUUCGGGAACAACGUCAACAUGCUCGGAUCCAGCCAAGCAUCAUUGGAGUCCCUUAACCAAUUUCUUCGCAUCCCUCUGGAUUAUCUGGAGACCUAUAUCUCUUUCUCAUCCAAGCGAGUUAACUUAAUUAGAGCUUUCUUAUGGGCUUAUCUCUAUGAAAGAGUGUUCAAUCGAUUUUACUGGUCAUGGCAAGGCGCUGGUACUGCAUUUUGUGAAAUGCGUGGCUUCCUCUACAACUUAGUGGAUGGAAGUAAAAAUGCGGAUCCUCGCGGAGAGCGAAAGUUCCACACAUGGAGAGCCAAUACGGCUAACCUCCUUGUCGAAGCCAUGAGGCUAAACGAGACUACUGUUACCAGCGAUGGUCAACAAUUUAUCCAGCAAUGGACAAAUACUGUCUCUCAGCUACUGGGGCCAUUUAAGUCGUCGGACCAACAAGGCUACCUACAAGGGCUUGAAGGCAUCAUCACUCAGAGUUUGGAACUGGACAAGGAGAUCUGCAAGCAAAUUGCGAACAUCGAAUGGGUUCACUGUGAAGAAUUACCUUGUACUUUUGUGCCUGACUCAAUGGAACUAGAGCUCAGCCAGGAACAUCAAGGCAACAAUAAGGCCGUUACGUUGGUGCUUGGCCCAGGUCUUGUCAGACGUGGCAAGUCGUCAGGAGACGAUUUUGACGUGAUGGAGAGAUUGUUGAAAACACAGGUGUAUUGUGAUAGGCCACCGUCUAAGUUUCCAGGAACUAGAAGGGCAUUCCCUGCAGUCGAAGGAAGCUCAAGGCAGAUGGACAGUGGAUAGGAUAUACUCUCUCUCGCUCUUGAGCCGGGCGAGGAUCUCGCCGGAAAACAUCGCGGAGAUCCUGACACGUAGAUUAUAUUUAGUGUAUCUAAGUUAAGACGUAUUUUCGAUCAUGCAUGUUGACUCAAGAGUCCAACAUAUCAAUGUUCCUGUGGACGACUACAGACACACAGGUUAUGACUAUCUGACCGUGGGAGCAGCCUUUUCAAGUAUUUUAGGAGCCGAGAGUGUGGAAUAAGCAGCGUUUCUCAACAAAGAAGACAAGCCCAGGGUUUUCCCACGCACAUUGUGAUCGGGAUUUUCCUACCUACCGGUAGGUAUUCAGAUAAUCAUCAAUGAGAACAUUAUACACGAGUCGACGUGAUAAUACGGUGUAACUACUUAUUUGCGGGGGGAGCGUUUGACCCUGAAAAAGAGAGGCGCCAUUAUCUGGCAGAAGGUGCUUAAUGAUUGGUAACAGGACUUACAGCCUUCUUUCGUUUAAUCUCAUACCUUGGAGGUACCAUUGAGCCAAUUCGCGUUAAGUG